AAACGUCGUUAUGCCGACUACCUGCUCUCUCUGACUGACCUGGCAUUUUUCUCCUGAUUGUCCGUCGUCUUGUCUUUCGCCCCCUUGAGUUUGCUGACAUUCGACUAAUCCACCCAUCGUCGAGCUGCCUCAUCGUCCCCAAGAUUCGCUGCUCUUUCGAUCUGACUAUCAAAUGCUACUCAACCAUGACGACCUUUUGGAAAUGGACAUCCACAUGGACAAGGCAACUGGCAGCAUCACUCUGGUAUUGUCGACUGGGCCAACGCCAAGAUUGCCCCGUUCGGCACGUCGCUUGCGGGGCUUGAAACCAUUCUUGGCGUUCGGACAUCGUCGUGUUGGCUCUUCCAUCCGAGCCAUGAAUAUCUCUGGGCGCAGUUUUGGAAGACUUUCUACGGGGUCAGUGGGCAUCUUUCGGAUGAUGAGCGGCGAGCAAUGGAGGUUGGAAGGAUAUUCGGCUUAUUCCGAACCUACGGCUUCGACCGUUGGCCUGAGAAGGAGAAAGCGGUGCCUCUAGACAAAGGAGACCAGGAACUCGUAUCCCUCGAGGCAUUCUUCCUGCGUUAAGCCAGUCCACCGUUUAUC